AUGUGCAUGGCUUCUUGGGUUGUUGGUGAUGGGUUUAACGUUGUUUCUGUUGAUUUCUGGUCGUUCAGAAUCAGAAACAAGACCAGUCAGGUGGUGAUCUUGGACAAUGGCCUUGUUGAACUUAGUUUUUCGAAUCCCGGCGGUGAUGUUAUUGGAAUUAAGUACAAUGGCAUUACUAACUUGCUUGAGAUUCAUAACAAAAAAAGUAACAGAGGGUACUGGGACAUAGAAUGGGGUGAUGACAUAACGAGCAAUAUUGCUGACCAUUAUGAUAGAUUAGAAGGAACAAAGUUUGAGAUUAUAAACGAAGAUGAGAACCAAAUAGAAAUUUCAUUCACUAAAAGAUGGAAUGAUUCCUCCCAUUCAUUUCCUAUUAAUGUGGACAAAAGAUAUAUAAUGUUGCGUGACUAUCCGGGGUUUUAUACAUAUGCAAUAUUAGAGCACCCUAAAGAAGCCCCAGCAGCGCAGAUUAGUGUGGUUCGGGAUGUUUUCAAGCUUCAACAAAACAAAUUUCAAUACAUGGCAAUAUCGGACGACAUACAAAGAACAAUGCCAUCAGCAAGUGAUCGUACGUCUGGCGAGAAACUUGCUUAUCCAGAAGCUGUUCUCUUGACCAAGCCUUCGAAACAUGAAUUUAAAGGAGAGGUCGAUGACAAAUAUCAAUACUCAACUGAUCACAAAGACAUUAAAGUCCAUGGUUGGAUUAGUUCA